AUGGAGGAGGAGACGCCCAGCGUGGAGGACCUCGUGGACCCGAUGCCACUGGAUCGGCCGGCCAAGAUGCGAAGAAUGGAGGAGCCCGGCUGUGAGCCAUCGGCACCGUCGACAUCGCCGGAGAAGGGAAUCAGCCGAGCGGAUUUCGAGAAGAUCCUCCGCAUGAGCCAGACAGGAAUGUCGGUGGACGCUAUUGCGCAUGUGUGGAACGUCGAAACUGUGGAAAUUGUGAAGACGCUCGAGCUGAUGCGAUCUGGAAAGGACAGCCAAAGCGACGCUCAAGUGGGUAGCGAACAUGGCUGGACCUCCUUGGUGAAGCGACUUGUGGAGGAUCCUCCUGAGCUUUGCUGUCCCAUAUCUCACUGGUUGAUGGAGGACCCGGUGGUCGCAGCAGAUGGAAUCACUUACGAAAGGCAUUGCAUCGCGGAGUGGUUUCAGUCGAACUCGGGCAGUCCAACCACUCGUGAACCUUUGUCGACUCAUGUGCUCAACCCCAACCAGCACGUGAAGUCGGCCGUCCUGGCACACAAAGAGAAGACGGUCCAGGAGAUUUUGUCCGUGGCCUCUCAAGUACCGACUGAUGAUGCACUGAAGUUGCUUUCGAGAGGCGAGCAGUUUGUCCGUGCGUCCUUACCCGAUGCAUCUGCCAAAAGGAAGCUGUCUUCGUUGCUGCUCUUUCGGGGAAAGCGGAUGCUGCCAGGAGAGCGUCGCGCAGUCAUUGAAGAGCUCGUGCCUAUGCUUUUGGAGGUUAGAGACAUGUCACAACUUCAGGAGUUGUUGGCAGACAUGGAUGGGCAAGAGGUUCUGUGGUUCCUUCGCCAAGUAGAUGAGGAUAUGAUCAAAUCCUUGAGUGUGCCAGGCCCCCACAAGAUUUUGGUCUGCAAGGAGCUUGCUCGCCGAAUCACAGAUUCCCCAGUUGCAGAGGCCCAAUCUGAACGCUUGAGUUUACUCUGGGAUUUCCUUUCCCAACAGCAGGAAAAUCAGGAUGACCAAGACUGGGCGCAAGCAGCAUCUUUGAUGCUGGCAGCUUUCCAUGGUAGACUGACAGCGAGACUGGAACAGCUCGACACGAAAUUGCUCCACCAUGCCCUCACUUUUCUGCACAGCAAAGAGAGUGCCACUGCCUUCGCAAGGGACUUUUUCACAUGCGACUUUGGCAUUUUCACCUUGGAGAAGUGGCCGCCCAGCAGAUCCGCAUCCAUCUUUGUUGAACUGGCCUCUCGCAUGCACGACGACAAAGACGAAGAGAAGCUGGACUUGCUUGUCGAAGCACAUGGCAUCAAUGACUCUGAUGCACAUGUAUGUCGUGCCCUGUUGAAGCAGAUUUGUCGAUGCAUGUUGUGCCAACGCACCACCGACGACAGCAAGCAUUUAGAAGGGCUGCUUCUCAAAGUACAGCUGGAACAGGUUGAGGACAUCCCUGCAGAGGUGGUAUCCAAACUAUGCCUUGAGCAAGAGAGUCUCAAGAGUUUGCGUGGUUCGCAGCUCAUGCUUCUUGCAAAGAUGCUCGAAAAGGCCGAUCGACGAGCAGAUGGAGCUCGAGUAGCUGUUGCUGCUGCAGAAGCCUUCUCUGCAGAUGGGAAUGAGGAUGAAUCUCAUGGGGCCGUUGCCUUUGCCCACCAUCUAGACCGCACCAACGACGAUGCAUCCUUGAUGCUCUGCAACCUUCUUGGAAGCAUCAGAAGCAAGUGUAAGGACCUGGGAAACCAAUGCCAAGAUCUUGGUAUCAAGUGGCAAAGCCUAGAUUCCACGUGCCAGGUGCUGGGCAAAAGGUCUACCGGCCUCGAUGAGAAAUACACCGAGCUUUUGGACAAGUACAAGCAGCUCCAGAAGGCUCAAGAAGUGCCCAUCAAACCUCCUGUGUGGCACUUGACCUGGGAUUUGUCGGGCUACGACUUCACCAACUUCACCGAAGGUCAGCGGCAACUCAGCGAGGAGUUCCAGCUCGGGGCGUCCGGCGUCGAGGCCUGGCUUUGGUUGACACCCAAGGCUUCUGCAGACAAGGCCUCGCUGUAUCUUCACGUCAGCGAGCCUGUCUGGGUGAAGUGGAGAUGUCAAGUGGGAAGUUGGGAAGCAUCUACGGAGCACGAAUUUGCCAAGGAGGCAAAUGGCAGCUUGAAAGGCUAUGGUUGGCCGAAGCAGAUCCCCUUUUCCAACCUCGCCUCGGGCAUCGCCUUCCAUGUGCUGAGCGUCCGCCGCGCCGGGUCUUCACUGCGGUUGGUCGCUCCCGGCUCUUGA